AUGGCGGCAAGGAAACUGCAACAAGAAGUGGACAAGUGCUUCAAGAAGGUGGCGGAGGGAAUCGCCGAAUUCGAGGGCAUCUACGACAAGAUCGAACAAUCAAAUAACCCGGCCCAGAAAGAGAAGCUCGAAGACCAGCUGAAACGUGAGAUCAAGAAGCUGCAGCGGUUGCGCGACCAGAUCAAGACAUGGGCGGCGAGUAACGACAUCAAGGACAAGGCUCCCUUAUUGGAGCACCGCAAGCUGAUAGAAACGCAAAUGGAGAAGUUCAAGGCGGUUGAGAAGGCCAUGAAGACCAAGGCCUACUCCAAGGAAGGUCUAUCAGCUGCGGCCAAGCUAGAUCCCAAGGAGCAGGCCAAGGUCGAGACCAGCGACUUCCUCAACGGCACCGUCGACGAACUGGAACAGCAGAUCGAGACCCUCGAGGCCGAGAGCGAAGCCUUAUCAGCGACGAUGAAGAGGGGCAAGAACCACAACCAGAAGGCAGAACGCAUCGCAACGAUCGAGACCAUCAUCGAGCGACAUAAAUUCCAUCAAGGCAAGCUAGAACUCAUCCGAAGAUCGUUGGAGAAUGGCGCCAUCACGACGGAUCAGGUCAAGGAUCUCGAGGAGAGCAUCAAGUACUACGUCUCCGACGGCAUGAACGAUGACUUCAUGGAAGACGAGGGGCUCUACGAUGAGCUGGAUCUUGACGAGGAGGAGGGCACCUACGGUAUGUCUUUGGACAACGAGAAGGGCUCAUCACAGGACACACAAUCCGUGCAAGACGACUUCGUACCAGAGCUCGAACCGCCAGUGAAAACGAGGAAAGUGCAGAAGGAACCCGACGUCCCGACCACCACCGCCCGAAAGACUUCAUCCCAGACCAAGUCACCCUUACCAGCACUCGCGACGUUACAUACUCCGCUUUCUACAACCAACGGGACUGGCAGCGGCCCUUCAAUGAAGCCGGCAUCUUUACCCACCAGGCCAGCGGGCGAGGGUCUGAAGUAUGCCUCAGCGGCGGCAGCAGCUGCGGCCAGCGACAAGAACAAUGUGGGCAUCGCACCUUUACCACCGCCGCCUGGGUCUCAGAGCAUAGGCAUAUCACCGUUACCGCCAAUCCAGGCCAGGACGAGUGCGACAAGUUCUCCCGCCACCUCGAUGGUGCUGCCUGCAUCGUCGUCAUCUGAUUCUAGGCACAUUCCGGGGACCAGCUCGGGGCUACCAGAAGCGGACUCAUCUGUGCUGAUUACUCCUGCUCGACAAAAGAAGACCAAGGCUGCGAAGCAAUCCGCAGCCGCAGAGGCAGCAGAGUCAAGCAAAGGUACUUUUCCGGACCCCAAUUGUGAUUACGACGCUCUUAGCAUAUUGACGUGUUCCGCAGCAGUUGUCCCGACGAACGGGGUUACGAAUGGCAUCAAGCCAAUCGAGGAGGCCGAAGAGGAGUCCAUCUAUCACCUUCCAGCCUCAUUACACGACCUUGUCGAGUCGUUCGAGGGCUCGAAAAAGCGUAUCCCGCAUCCCGCGUCACAGGCUGCCAUCCGAAUGAUGAGCACAAGCCAGGCCAGCUGCCCCGACCAAAGUGAUGCGGACUUCCCCCGGAGCUACCACCCCGAUGCGCCCAUGCCGGCCGCCUCAGCGUCAGGAUUCCCCAAGGAGCCCCUGCCCAUCUUCGACGACCCAAGGCUGUACUCUCGCAUAGACUCCGACACCCUGUUCUACGUGUUCUACUACAAGCAGGGGACGCCGCACCAGUACCUGGCCGCCAAGGCGCUCAAGGACCAGAGCUGGCGCUUCCACAAGCAGUACCAGACUUGGUUCCAGCGUCACGAGGAGCCCAAGAACAUCACCGACGAGUUCGAGCAGGGCACAUACCGCUUCUUCGACUACGAGAGCACCUGGAUGAACCGGAGGAAAGCCGACUUCAAGUUUGCUUACAAGUUCCUCGAAGACGAUAUCUAA